AUGGCGAGUGCGCAGCCGAGGACCUGGUCGUCGUGGCUGGGCGUCGAUGCGGAAUCCAAAGCCUCUGCCGCGGCAAAAAAGGAACUGGAGACAGAAGCGAAGCACUCAAAGGCAGUGGAGGAGCUCAGAAAUCUGUUUGAUUGCGAGGAGGGGCGCAUCUGCGGGAGGCAGCUGGCAGAGGGCGGCGAGUUUGGCCGCGGCGGCGACGCCUCCGAGCUCGUCUCAGACGCCUACCUGCGCCGCUGGCUGGUGGCGAGGGACUGGAACGUGGAGGUGACCCACAAGCUGCUGCUGCGCCACGCCGACUGGCGGGCGCGCACAAGCCCGAAGGGCUAUAUUGAGGAGGGCAGCAAUUUUUUGGGGAUGGGAUCAACCGAGCACAGUGCUGCCGCGCUGCUGCGAGUGCUGCCGCUGCUGCUGCCAGUGCUAUCGUCGCCCCCGCUGCUGCUGCUGCUACUGCUGAUGGCGAGCAGAGCGCUCGGCAGCACUGCGGCUCGCUGUCGAGAGCUUGUGAAGGGUCCUCUGGCUGACAAGAAGGCCUUCCUGCAG